CUGUAUUGGCGGGAAAAUCCCUAAAUAACAAAAGAAAAAUAAAAUCCCUAAAUCCUCAAUUCCAGCAACCAACCAAGAAUUCAUUCUCUCACCCAAUUACUCUCUACUAUGGAAAUCAAUGAUGGAGAAGAAGAGGAAUUUGAGUUCUCAAGGAAUUACUUUCUAGCAAAAGAAUUAGCUGGGUCGGGUAAGAAAUCAACCCGCAAGAUUUCUGAUAUCAACGUCGUCGAUGAACAGGAACUAAGAGCGGCAGCAGCUACUAUUGAGCUAAAACAUGAGAAAGAGAUUAAUUCUCUUGUUAAUAGUUAUAAGAGCUUGUAUCCUAAAUGGGUUUUUGAACUCAGGUGUGGAUUUGGCCUUCUAAUGUAUGGUUUUGGAUCGAAGAAGGUACUGAUUGAAGAUUUUGCUUCUACAGCAUUAACCGAGUAUUCUGUAGUAGUCAUCAAUGGGUAUCUUCAGUCAAUUAAUCUAAAACAGGUGGUCAUUGCUUUAGCUGAAAUUUGGUGGGAAGAGUUGAAAACCAAACGAAGGACUUCUUCAGGGGUUUCAUCUAAAUUUCAACAGCCUUUUAAUUCUCAAUCUAUGGAUGACCUUCUUGCAUUUUUGCAUGAAUCAGACGUGGAGGAAAAUGAUUCUUUUGUGUGCAUUGUUGUUCACAAUAUUGAUGGGCCUGGAUUGAGAGACUCUGAAAGUCAACAGUAUCUUGCGCGACUUGCUUCUUGUUCACAUAUCCGCAUUGUUGCCUCUAUUGACAAUGUUAAUGCACCUCUUUUGUGGGAUAAGAAGAUGGUUCACACCCAGUUUAAUUGGUUCUGGUAUCAUGUUCCUACCUUUGCACCUUAUAAUGUUGAAGGAAUCUUUUUUCCUUUGAUUCUCGCUCACAGCAGUACAGCUCAAACUGCCAAAACAGCUGCAAUAGUCUUACAGAGUCUGACACCCAAUGCCCAAAGUGUGUUCAAAAUUCUUGCAGAAUAUCAGUCGUCUCAUCCUGAUGAAGAAGGCAUGCCAGUUGAUGCUCUGUAUACAACUGCUCGAGAGCGCUUCCUUGUGAGCAGCCAGGUCACAUUAAACUCUCAUUUGACAGAAUUCAAAGAUCAUGAGUUAGUAAAGACUAGACGGCACAGUGAUGGCCAAGACUGCUUGCACAUCCCGCUUGCAGCGGAUGCCCUUGAAAAGUUGCUUUCUGAGAUCAAUCAAUAGUUCUGACUAAGUUUGUAAAUGUAUUUCGCAUCCUGCUUCCUGUGGAUGCUCUUGAAAAGCUGCUUUCUGAGAUCAAUACAAUAUACCUGGUACGUGCAACUCAGGUUGUAACUUGAAUUAGUCUCAUGAUCAACUCUUAAUUUCGAUCUCUAGCAUGCUGGCAACCUGUUGCAGCAGUUCGCAUGAAAAAACUACAUUGUAUCUUCGAUAGCCUUUGGAGAAACGUUUUUGUUCAUAUCUUGAUGUUUCCUUUAAAAUACCUCUGUUUAAUUCCAUGUAAGCUUGACUAUUCCUUUACCAGAGAGGAGCCCAAUGCCAAUUCUGGUGUGCCAACUUGGUGCUUCAUUUCCCA